GUGCAUUUAGACUCGCUAAUAUAAAAGUGACGAAGAAAUUGAGCUGGAAAAGGCCUAGUAUAUUUUCAAUACAGGAAAGCAUGAGUAGUGAUUUUUACGUGCGCUAUUAUUCGGGUCACUAUGGCCGGUUUGGACACGAGUUUUUGGAAUUUGAUUAUCAUAGCGAUGGACUUGCCCGUUAUGCAAACAAUUCGAACUAUCGAAAUGAUUCUCUAAUUCGGAAAGAGAUGUACGUUAGCCCUUUAGUGUUGAAAGAAAUUCAAAACAUUGUAGAAGAAAGUGAGAUAAUAAAAGAGUCCGAUGAGCAAUGGCCUAGGAAAAACAAGGAUGGAAAACAAGAAUUAGAAAUCCGUAUGAAUGGACAGCAUAUUAUGUUUGAGACUAGUAAAUUGGGCAGUUUGGCGGAUGUUCAAAACAGCGAAGAUCCUGAAGGAUUACGAGUAUUUUACUAUUUAAUUCAGGAUCUAAAAGCCUUGUGCUUUAGCUUGAUUUCCCUCAAUUUCAAACUGCGGCCAGUUAAAACAUAGAUGACAUGUCAUGUUUUCCACAAAUGAAUCAAAUGCAUUGAUGGAGAAAAAAUUGGUUAGAAAAAUUAUUUUCUCCUUUCAAAACCUUGCCGUUAUUGCCUUGGAUAAUCUUUUGGCCAUGGUCUGGUGAAAGACAUGGAUAGAUGAUUCUUUUUCGAAGCAUUUUUAUUUAAAACAACUUGUCCUAUCCUUGAAUACAGACAAAAUGAAAAAGAAAAAACAAUAUAAAGAAGUACCUAGCAAAAUCACUUUGGUAUCGCAUCUGCCAGUUUUUACUGUUACUGCUACUCGCCAAGAUUUUCGUCUGGG